ACGGAAUGGUUAUGAAACUUGUGUUUUGUGAACACAGUCAUCAUUCUUUGAAGCGACUCUUUAGACUCCAUAAAUAAUAUAACUUUAGUUCUCUCAGAUUGAAAACGCGACUAUUUGUACGUUAUUAUCGUGCCAAACGAUACGUCUAGCAACAUAUGUAAAAUGUGAAAAAUUAGCGAAGAAAUCUACAACAAUGAGUAAGGAAGUACGAAUUUCUGCGCAUGAAAUGGCGCAAUAUCGUGAACGGUUAAUGAGCCAGAAGGAAUUUUUGACUGACAUACUAUCUAAAAUUGACAAACAAAUACUUGCCUUACAGGUUGAACGAUUACAUUUGAAGAACACUUUACUUGGAACAGAAUAUUCAGCCCGAGAAAUACUGCCAGAUGCAAUGACAAAAAGCAAUUGUGUAAAAAUUGAGCCAGUAACAGACGAGUCAAGAAAUCUAACAAAACAGUUAGAUUUAUCUGUAGCACCAGCCUUCGAUAAUUUUGACGAAGAGACGGAAGACGAAGAUCAACUUUUGAUUUAACAUUUUAAAAUUUAAAUAUUAGAAAUUUGUUACUGAAAUUGCGCUAUGUUAAUGCUAUAAAAAAUCAAAUCUUUAAGAUUCAGAAAUUUUAUAUGAAUGUAAAUGUAUAAAAUAUUUUGUAAUAAAAUGCACUAUAAUAUAUAUGUA